CCGAGGGAGGGAGCAGAGGACCCUGAAGCACAGCGGGAAGCACUGGACACACCGUGAACGUUUCGAUGCUACAACUUUUCAAAGAAACCUGUGAUUAUUCAGGACAGAACACAGGAACAACUCAAGGAUUAUUCAUCGGAAGUCUUUGGCUGUGACCUCGUCACACUUGUGCGGCGAGGGCAAACAACUCCGACCUACGCUGCCAGGUCAGGAGCAAGGCCCUGUGUGUAGAUGUAUGUGAGUGUGCGAAUAUGUGUGUGUGAGUGCCUUUAAGUGUGAUCCUGAGAUUGACUGUGCCUUUGAGUGAGAGAACAUCGUGCUGUGCGAGUGCGAAGAUGAGGUCCGUCGCUCUGAUGUGUCUCCUGGUCAUAGCUGAGAUCGAAGCGUCCCGGUUUGCUCGGGACUCCCAGAACAGCCUCGAGGCUUCAGAACCCUCCAAGAACAACGCCUCCGUCCCAAUACCCCCCCUUCUGCCAUCCCGGCCAAGGGGGUCCUUCCCUCCCAUGUGCAUAAAGCCCACAGAGAUCAAGCACGCCUUCAAGUAUGUGAACACCAUCGUGUCCUGCCUGAUCUUUGUGGUGGGGAUCAUCGGAAACUCCUCGCUGCUCAGGAUCAUAUAUAAGAACAAGUGCAUGAGGAACGGACCAAAUGUCCUGAUUGGCAGCCUGGCUCUCGGGGAUCUGCUGUACAUUAUCAUCGCCAUCCCCAUCAAUGUGUUUAAGCUCAUAGCGGAGGACUGGCCCUUUGGUGUGUACAUCUGCAAGUUGUUCCCGUUCAUCCAGAAAGCUUCAGUUGGAAUCACUGUCCUCAGCUUGUGCGCUCUCAGUAUUGACCGUUACCAUGCAGUAACAUCAUGGAGCAGGGUGAAGGGCAUGGGGAUCCCUCUGUGGAAAGCAGCGGAGGUGACUCUGAUCUGGCUGGUUGCUGUGGCGCUGGCUGUCCCUGAGGCGCUGGCAUUCGACAUGCUGGAGCUACCGUACAGAGGCAACAAGCUGCGUGUGUGUAUGCUACCUCCAGAACAGACCUCCAGCUUUAUGAAGUUCUACCAGGACGCGAAAGACUGGUGGCUGUUUGGCUUCUACUUCUGCCUCCCACUAGCCUGCACAGGGAUCUUCUACACACUCAUGUCCUGUGAGAUGCUCAGCCGCAAAAAAGGCAUGCGCAUCGCACUCAAUGACCACAUGAAGCAGCGGAGGGAAGUAGCGAAGACAGUGUUCUGCCUGGUGUUGAUUUUUGCUCUCUGCUGGCUGCCCCUUCAUCUCAGCCGAAUUCUGAAGAAAACAAUCUAUGACGAAAAUGACCCCAACCGCUGUGAACUGCUCAGCUUCCUGUUAGUGAUGGAUUACAUUGGCAUCAACAUGGCCUCCCUCAACUCCUGCAUUAACCCGAUUGCCCUCUACUUUGUCAGCCAGAAGUUUAAAAACUGCUUCCAGUCUUGCCUGUGCUGCUGGUGCUACAGAGCAUCUCCCCUUGAUGGACCGGGGUCAGGGGCACGCUGGAAGGGCUCCUGUAACGGGAAUGGACUAGACCGCUCCAGCUCCCGCUCCAGUCAGAAAUACACAAGCUCUUCAUAAAAACACAGACGCAUAUAUAACACUCAUAUUCUGCCCAAAACCUAAAAACUGUUCUUAGCAGUUUCUGACAUGGGAAAUCAGCCGUAUCGCUGCCUAACAGAUCCUGAAGACGAGGGGAACAUGGAGCGACGUACUGUUUGUGUUCUGGCACUAUGCUCAUGGACAUUACAUUUAAAAGGAAUGUUUAUUCAAGCCAUGUGUAAAUGUAUGUACAGGAUUAUUCACAUGUUCAUAUCUAGUCUUAGUUUUCAUUUAUGAGUAACAGCUUACUGUUGGGUGUUUUUCCAUACAUCACAGGGAAGCAAAGAGGGAAACCUUCUGUUCAACUGGUCAUUAGCUGGUUCAUUACUGCGUGAUGUCACUGAGCUCCCUCUAGCACCCCAGCGACAUCAUACCAGAGUAAAAUGGGCCCCACUGUGUCUAACAGCCAUGGGGAGAGUCAAACAUCGAACAUCUGUUAUCUUGAGAAUCAUGGCUGCUUUGAGUGGUCACAUGGAGGGCAGCUGUUGUCCAAGAAAGCUGAGAGAUACCAGAUGAUUCCCAUGAUGCUACACAGAGAAGGUCACUAUUCAACCUUUAUUAUUUGUGCAGUGCUUAUGCUGUUAUACAUGGUUUCCACUUUGGAUAAAGAAUGUUACGCUCACCCUCACAUGUGACGGUGUAGCUUCUAUUUUUCUAAGAAAAUAUCACGAAACACUUCAGCCUGUUUACUCCCCACACGAGGUAUCUAUUUAUGAUUCCAAACAUUUCACCUCCAUCACUCCUCCCUGGUCCUGUUACAAAGAUGUUCCUGUGGCAGGAAAUUACUCCAGAAACGACUUCUUACAGCUGCUUAAGGAAUACAUUUUCUAAAGUUGAUCCACCUAUAAGCUUUAAGAAAGGAAGGACCACAAUCCUGUGCAGCUGGUUGUUCUUAAGAAUUUAUAUUUUAGUGGAGGUUUGAAGAUUUCUUUUUCUACAUAAUGGUUAUAAAAGUUAUUUAGGUAUAUCCUUUGUUUGCUUUGAAUGUAAUAAAAGUUUUUAGAGAGA